CCCGGGGUACCGCAGAGGAGCGUUGCCGUGACAACGCGGCCUAGUCGGGCAGGCUCCGCCUCUCAACCCCGUCACUUUGCCGCCUCCCCGCGUCUAUUUCGGACCUCAAAGCGGCAGAUUUCGACGCUGAUUGUGACCGCGAGCGUCUCCCGCGGCGACGGGGCGAGCCCGAGGCACGAAGAGGUGGAAUGUCUUCGCCCGCAGAGGUGCGGCAGGCGGGCAGGCCGGCUAGGCGAGGCGUAGGCUUCAUCACUCCGAGCGGAGACAGCGGAGACAGCGGAGACAGCGGAGACAGCGGAGACAGCGGAGACAACGGAGACAGAGGAGAGAGACGUGGACUGCAGCCGUCGGACACCGCGACCCAGCGGAGACACUUGGGGGACAACGGUCUGCCGGGACUGCUGCAGCGUCUGGCCAGGAGCUGGGGGGGCCGGGGCCCCCUAGGGAGUCUUGGGGGGGGGCCCCAGUUGAGCAGGGGCGGUGAGGGGCCCCCCCAGGAUCUCACGGAGACACGGAGCGUCUCAGCAGAGAUCCGGCACAGCCUGAGAGAGCAAGAUGUGAAAUCGGCGUGGAAAAGUCUCCAUCAGGAUGUGGAGUUGAGUCCUGGUCGACUCAACCGCAAAUGAGUACCUGGGCUG